CUCCGUAUCACGUUGAACCAAUUGCAAUCUAUUUGUUAACAAUUUUUGUGGAGUUAAAAUUAAUCAGUGAUAAUUUUCUAGACUGGAUUAAUCCUCAUUAACCGUACACGAUGUCGUCCGAGUACUCAUUCUGCAGUGAGAACGGCUUCGACGAGCUUUCUAGCUCAUCAGACUCCGGGUUCGACGUGAGUUUCGAAUCACCAAAGCACGAGAAUUCGGUGGACCCACUCUACCCAGUGAUGAAGGAAGAAAAGAAGAAGAAGACUAGAAACACCCGAUGCAAAAGCCCCACACAGGUAUUAAAACUGAAGCGAAACCGUCGGAUGAAAGCGAAUGAUCGAGAACGCCACCGAAUGCACACCCUGAAUGACGCCCUGGAACGUCUCCGGAUGGCUCUGCCUACAUUCCCAGAGGACACAAAGCUCACAAAAAUCGAGACCUUGAGAUUUGCUCACAACUACAUCUGGGCGUUAUCCCAGACCCUGGGCAACACCGAUAGCGGUGAAAUAACAGUGAACGUUGGCAACGUCACUGUAAGCAUCACCGACAACGGCAACAUGAUCACAUCAUCAACGGGUAGCUGUGCUGUAGCUGCUCAAAAACGUCUAGGACCUGGUCACAACACAUAUCCCUAUCCGCAAGAGCGUUUUAUGCCAGAGUGGCAGGAGUACGAUUGCUACAGCGACCAAAGCAUCAGUCCACCGAUCCAGUAUCAAGCCUGCUAUGAUCAAAGGAUGUACAAUCCCCACACCCAACACCAGAUGAGCCAACCGCACCUAAUGGCUCAUCAUAAUAACAUGUACCAGUGUCUCUGAGAUUGGAUGGACAAAUUGAGUGAGAGUGAACAAUUUUUGAAAAAUGACUGUCUCAAUCGUCAACCAAAUAUUCAAUCUAAUCGCCAUUUUAUUUUAUUGUAAUAACGGAGUGAAUUUUGUCAAAUAAUUGAUCAUUCGGUGUUGAAUGGAAUCAUCUACCAGUGAAUUGUAAAGUGCUAAUGAAAAUAUCGUUAACUACUUUGUAAGAAAAUAUUUUAUUACCAGUGUAAUGAUUCGCGGAUAGACUGACGAAAAAUGGAACCAAUCGACAGCAAUUUUCCGACUGCCAUUUAUUUUUUCUAGUCAAUGCGAAUAAUUUCAGCGGAUCUCGUUGUUUUAGGAUUUUUUUUUAAGUUCAUAGAGUGAAAUAAACGCGUACCGUCGGGUUGAGGCUGUAGAAUUAAGAGUAGAAUUUAAGUGAUGCCUGCGA